AUGCGUAGAAAUGUCGUUAGGGGUUGCCCUCAGGGCUCUGUAUGUGGCCCUAUCUUGUGGAAUACUGUCUUUGACAACUUUUUAAGACAGAGCUUUGGCCACGUAACAAUUGCUUAUGCAGAUGAUGCAAUCGUUCUUCUGGGGGGUAAUUCGAGAGCUGCUCUAGAGAUCUUCGGUAACGAUACUUUAUGUAAGAUAAGCAAAUGGGGUAAGGAAUACAAACUUACCUUUAACAUUAACAAAACGAUGGGAAUUGUUUUUAAUAAACCUGGUAAACCGAAUCUCUACCGGAGGACCCCGGUUAUUAAGAUGGAUGGACAAAGUGUUAAAAUUGUUAAAUCCAUCAAAUAUUUAGGAAUCAUAUUAGACCAUCGUUUAUUAUGGAAUACACACAUAGCAUACAUAACUGAUCGUACUGGCAGUAUAUUUAAUAUUCUUACUGGCUUUGCUAAGAGACGCUGGGGACUUACUACCGAUGCCCUUAACAUCAUAUACAAACAAAUUUUCGUACCAAUAAUUACAUAUGCUUGCGGUAGCUGGAGCCAAGAUAUAUAUAAAAUUCAUAUAAAUAGAAAACUUAUAUCUGCACAAAGAAAGGCGCUCAUCCAGUUGACCAGAGCUUAUUGCACAACCCCUAAUGUCUCCAUCCAAGUUCUGGCAAGAUGUCCUCCUAUUGAUAAAAUCAUUGACUAUACUGCAAAAAUUUGGCAUAUCAAAUGGGGACAGAAUAUACAAACUGAUGAUUACAUUAUUAGGGCAGAGGACGUCGAAAGACCAGUGGCUUUUAAUCAAUCAAGACAUCCUGCCACCACAAAUAAUUUUGCUAUUAACACCUAUGAUAAUGCAGACUUUCAUCUUUUUACAGAUGGCUCUAAAACGGGUAACCGAGUAGGCUGCAGUUUUAUUGCAUACUGCCGUGAAGAGAUAUUGACUAUGGAACAAUAUCGACUUGGUGAAAAUUGCUCAAAUUUCCAAGCCGAAUUGUUCGCCAUUCAAAUGGCUGUUGCUUGGUGUAAGCAUAAUUAUACAAACAAAAGGAUUUCUGUUAAUACUGAUUGUUCUUCUGCCAUAGCUCUGCUAAAAACCAGAAACUAUCAUCCGAUUGCAAAUCGUAUACAAGAUAUCAUAAAUACAUCCACUUGUCAUUUCGCUAUAAACUGGAUUCGAGGACAUCAAGGGCACUAUGGAAAUGAACUGGCAGACGAACUUGCAAAAGAGGCUUCUUAUAAGGAGGACUUACCUGUAUCUUACAAAAGAAUUAGUAUACAAACAAUUAAAACUAUCCUGUGGAAAGAAGUAAUUCAUGCAUGGCAGCUUCAAUGGAAUAAUAUUAAUAAUAAAACACAUGAAUAUAUUACAGAUAUUACAAAUUUCCUUAGUAAUAAAUGGUACAAGCCUACCCACCAACUCACACAAAUAUUAACAAAUCAUGGGAGAUUUUAUUCAUACCUUUCAAGAUUCAAGGGCACAUCAAACUCAAGAUGUCUUAUAUGUGAUUGCAACGACAGCAGCGAUCAUUAUAUUUAUACAUGCCCUAUGCUAGAAAAUGAAAGAUUGAUUUUAAAACUGUUACUUGAGUCUCAUGAUCUCCAUUGGCCACCUCCCACCUUAGAACGUCUCUUUGAUCACAAAGAUACCUUCGAUGCCUUUGUACAACUCGUUAACAUGUAUUUUGUAAGGACCAGUGUACCAGCUUAUUCUGGCCAUUAA